AUGCCUGCAUCUGUCUUGUCCUCUCUCUCUCUCCGUCUCCUUCCAGUCUCCCACCUUCUCCAGAGCUUCACCGAGGGAGAACUGAAGAAGGUGAUCGGGACUCUGAUUGACAGGAGUAGCAAGAGGAGAGGCAGGAACAGUAGAGAGGAGAGCCAGGAGAGCUCCUCCCAGACGACUAAGGGAGCUAAGAGUGGGCGGAGGAAGAGGUUAAAGCCGUGCUCUUUGCGGGAGGUGGAGGUGACUGUGGGGGAACUGGGGCUGGGCUACGACAGCGACGAGACUCUCCUCUUCAGGUACUGCAGCGGCAGGUGCACCGCGCGCCGACGACGCAACUAUGACAUCGCCCUGGAACACACGAGGAGGGCGGGGCUAAUUAAAAAGGGGCGGAGAGACAAGGUGCAGUACAGCCCGUGCUGUCGGCCUAUCGCGUACGAGAAGGAUAUCUCCUUCCUGGAUAACAACAGUAGAUACCACACGGUGCAGGAGGUGUUGGCACGGGAGUGUGGCUGUGCGUGACCCUGGGGGAGGUGUGUAAACGUUUAAUAACGACCACAUCCUCUGAUCCACCAAUGAGUAAUGGCUACUGGGAUGAUGUCAUAAGAGAAUAAUAUGAUGUCUCAGUGUGGAUGCAAUGCCUCAUGAAAAGCGAGACUUGUCAUCGCAGGUGUUACGGUCACGUGAUGCAGGAAGUGUCGGCUCUGGAGGCGUUGCUGUGCACGAUCUCUGAACACGGGGCCUGUUUCCGGAAAGAUCCGUGAAGUUUUCUUUUAUCCGUCUUGUUGCACUGACAGCUUUGCCUUUCGAAAGGCAGCAUUCAGGAGGACCCAGCAUUAAAAUAAAACAUCAAUAUGCUCUAUCAUAGAGAACAGAAUUCAUUGCUAUGAACAUGUAUUUCGGUUGGAUACAUGGAUAUUACACACGGAUACCGGAUUACAGCGAAAACAGGACGAUGCCUCUGGAUGAACCUUUGACGUUGGUCCGAUAACAGGAGGGCGACAUGUUGGCGAACGUUCAGAUAGAUGUGAUCGUCUGUCACGUGGAAUAUAGGGACUGCGAUCAGCUCUGUGAACUCCUCUCUGUUAGGUUGUAAACCUUUCACCUCAUGGAAUGUGAGUCUGCCCUCUGGUGGCGUUGGAGCUGCAGGACCUCCAUGUUCUAUGAGAAGGAGCACCAAUGCCUUCUGGGAUAUCAUGUCAGGUCUAGUUCAUUUUGUCAUGUGCACAGGAUACACGUGGUACGCAAUACAAUGAAAUGCUUACCUGUAGAUUCAUUCUCGGCGAUGCAACAUCAUAAAAAGACAGAAGUCAAUAAAUUAAGAAUAAUACAAAAAAUAAGUUACAUUUAAAUAUCGUCUGACUUCCCGGGGUCCAUGGAUACUGGGUACGGGAAGAUAGAGCAACAGGAAUGCCAGACGUCUCUGAAUAUGGUUCUGUGUGGAUGUAUUCAGGGAUGGAAUUCAAGGAUGUUGUGUACCGAUCAGCUUGAGCUUAUAGACUCUGGCAUUUUUACUACGCAAGGUCCAAAAUCUGUGCAAUGGGUCAUUUUAAUAGAAAAAAAUAGCUAGCCAGUGGGCUAGUUUGGUAUAUUUUCUUCUGGCCAGUCUAAAAAGUACUAGCCUCGGGCUAUUUGUAUGGAACUGGUUGAGGGCAACACACUUGUAGUGAACUUCUGAGAAUCAUGAGAUUAUGGACCCUGUCACUAGAACAGUAUUGAGUAUGGACCCUGUCACUAGAACAGUACUGAGUAUGGACCCUGUCACUAGAACAGUACUGAGUAUGGACCCUGUCACUAGAACAGUACUGAGUAUGGACCCUGUCACUAGAACAGUACUGAGUAUGGACCCUGUCACUAGAACAGUACUGAGUAUGGACCCUGUCACUAGAACAGUACUGAGCAUGGACCCUGUCACUAGAACAGUACUGAGCAUGGACCCAGUCACUAGAACAGUACUGAGCAUGGACCCAGUCACUAGAACAGUACUGAGCAUGGACCCAGUCACUAGAACAGUACUGAGUAUGGACCCUGUCACUAGAACAGUACUGAGUAUGGACCCUGUCACUAGAACAGUACUGAGUAUGGACCCUGUCACUAGAACAGUACUGAGUAUGGACCCUGUCACUAGAACAGUACUGAGUAUGGACCCUGUCUCUAGAACAGUACUGAGUAUGGACCCGGUCACUAGAACAGUACUGAGUAUGUGGCAUGAUCAAUAGAGAGAAACUCUUCUGUUUUUGGAAUCAGAAAGGAAUGAUAAAUAGUUCAUUCAAAAUAUUGAUCAAUGACCUUUACUGGACCAUUAUCAAACAACUUUCCUUCCCUUCCAACUGCAUACAAACCUCUAUGGAGAUAUCACAAAAUGUCUGCCGUCUAGAUAUCACAAAAUGUCUGCCGUCUAGAUAUCACAAAAUGUCUGCCGUCUAGAUAUCACAAAAUGUCUGCCGUCUAGAUAUCACAAAAUGUCUGCCGUCUAGAUAUCACAAAAUGUCUGCCGUCUAGAUAUCACAAAAUGUCUGCCGUCUAGAUAUCACAAAAUGUCUGCCGUCUAGAUAUCACAAAAUGUCUGCCGUCUUAUCUUCUCUAAAAAUUAUGAGAUGUUCUGUGGCAUUUUUUGUCUAAGGGUGUUCCAGCAAAAACACAAGCAUUUUUUCUUUGUUAUUUCCAUUCAAGGCUUUUAUCUAGUACUCUUUUUAAAAAAGAACUUUAUCCGAACACAAUCACGAUCAGUAACUCACUGACAAUGUCCUCCUAAGCGUUUGCCAAUACAUUAUGUAAGAACUCAUUGUUUGAUUUUAUUGCUGUGGUUUCAGACUACAGGUUACAUAAUUACAGAAUAUUCUUCAACUUUAAAGUGCUGAAAGAAAUAUAUAACCUUAUAAAUAUAUAAUCCAUUAUAUAACUCACAUCCCUGAUUUAAUGUGAACAAUAAGUUAAUAGACCCUAUGGGCCCUGUUCAAAAGUAGUGCACUAUUAACCAUUUUGUAUGCACACUUACAAAACUAAUCAAUAUGUUAGUCUGAAAGUAUUCAGAAUUACUUUUCCCACAUUUUGCUACA